AUGGGUGCCGCUGGUUCCAAGCUUGAGAAGGCUCUAGGUGACCAAUUCCCUGAAGGAGAACGUUACUUCGGUCUUGAAAAUUUCGGCAACACUUGUUAUUGCAACAGCGUCUUGCAGGCACUAUACUUUUGUGUUCCAUUUCGGGAACAACUAUUGGAGUAUUAUGGAAAUAACAAAAGCAUAGGGGAUGUGGAAGAAAAUCUUUUGACAUGCUUAGCUGACUUAUUUUCACAGAUAAGUUCGCAGAAGAAGAAAACUGGUGUCAUUGCUCCCAAGCGAUUUGUACAGAGGUUGAAAAAACAGAAUGAACUCUUUCGUAGCUAUAUGCAUCAGGAUGCCCAUGAAUUCUUGAACUUUUUGCUGAAUGAACUGGUUGACAUUCUGGAAAAAGAGGCUCAGGCAUCAAAGGCUGAUCCAGAGAUACCAGCACCUUCUGAAAAGGUUGCAAAUGGAUUCAAGAAUGGACAUGCUAAUGGACCUCAGAAAGAACCUUUAAUUACUUGGGUACACAAAAAUUUUCAGGGAAUACUCACCAAUGAGACGAGGUGCUUGCAAUGUGAAACUGUGACAGCUAGGGACGAAACAUUUUUUGACUUGAGCCUUGAUAUUGAGCAAAACAGUUCAAUUACAAGCUGUUUGAAAAAUUUCAGUUCCACUGAGACUUUGAAUGCUGAGGACAAAUUUUUCUGCGACAAAUGCUGCAGUUUGCAAGAAGCUCAGAAGAGAAUGAAGAUAAAGAAACCACCUCACAUUCUGGUCAUUCAUCUCAAGCGGUUUAAAUACAUGGAACAGCUUGGCCGGUACAAGAAGCUGUCUUACCGGGUUGUUUUUCCCCUUGAGCUGAAGUUGAGCAACACUGUUGAAGAUGCAGAUAAUGAGUAUUCUCUAUUUGCUGUAGUUGUUCAUGUUGGGAGUGGUCCCAACCAUGGGCAUUAUGUCAGCCUUGUCAAAAGCCAUAACCACUGGUUAUUUUUUGAUGACGAAAACGUGGAGAUGAUUGAUGAGUCUGCUGUGCAAACUUUCUUUGGAUCACCACAGGAAUAUUCAACUAAUACAGACCAUGGGUACAUUUUGUUCUAUGAGAGCCUUGGCUCUGAUAACAAUAACUAG